GGUUAGUUAGUGCCUGCCAUGCCCUUCUCUGCAACGGAAACUUUUGAUUGUUUACCAAAACUUUCUGCUGAACAAAAACAGUGAUUUGAUUUCAUUCUAAUGGUGCUAAAUCUGGGAUGCUUGGAGUUCGUGAAAAACUAUGAACUUUAGAAGUCUUUAAAAGUGUUUACAAACCUCAGUGGAAGUUAUAACAUCUUGCGUUCUGUAAAAAAAACAAAAGCAGGUUCCUUCGGUGCAAUUUGAAAACAGAACGAUUAUUUUUCGUUUUCAUUGUGAAUCGUGUGUCAUUAAUCUAUUCAGCCAGCAGUUAUUUAGAUUUUUACCUUUUUCGGUCUUGUGUUUGUGUUUUACGAAGAAGAAAAUUAAUAAAUUGCAUUGCAUUUAUUCAGCUGUUGUUGACCGAACCUCUUUCUUUUAAGUAAUUUCGGUUGCUGAUCGCAAAAUGCCUUCUGUUUUCUUGGAAAGAUGAUCUCGAGGUCAACAAAUCGAGUGCAAGCCAUAAAAAGUAAAUUCGAAAACUUGAAUUCAGAUACUGAAGAACUAAUCACUCGAACCAAGAGUGUAAAAGUGCCGAUCAAACAGCUGAGCAAACAAGGCGAAGCGCCAGGCAGUUUCUUAUACAAAAAUGUGGUCAAAGAUUACAACGACAAGGAAAACUCAUCUCAAAACUUGGACAUUUCACUUGAAGAGGAGAAAAAAUGCUCUGACUCCGAUACCAGUGACGAUGCACUGAACCCUAACACAAGCUAUUUACACACGAAAUCUGAUGUAAGAAGGAGUUUGUAUGAUGUAAAAAAGUCUUUAUCGAGGCAGACCAGUGAUCCAGGUAAGAAGCUUCACAGGAGUCAUGCGUUCCGCUGUGAUAGAACGCAGAAACUCAGCCCUAGCCCUAAGAGGCAUGACAGCUGCAACGGACGGUCAGAAACCAGUGAUUUCACAUUGAGAGGAGAGAAACGGCUUAGCAAAGACAGACUUAGAAGACUUGGCAAUGUGCUUGAAGGACAAAUGAAGAAGGAAAAUUUCAGUAUCAGCGGGUGUUCGCAGAACACCGGUACACCUGAAAAUGAUGAGUCAAAUGUCUCCAUGCCGUAUUGCUCAAUAUCUGACAAAGAUGUGCCACAACACAUUCUAGAUCAGUAUGCUAAAGUGAUAAAGUCGAAAAAUAAAUCAGACUCUCCCAUUGAAAAUAAACAGGAUGCGUUGAGCGACUCCGGUGUAAGUUCAGAAACAGAAAACUUAGAUGAAGACCGAUAUCGGUUAAGAAAACUAAAGGAAAAUGAUUUCAGUUCAGAUUCUAACUUGCCAGCAAAACUAUUACAGCCACAAUUGAUUAAUAAAGAGAAUGAAGUGAAUGUAUCCAGUGAGACUAUUCGUCUAGAGAAGAAAAACCCACAUCUUGUGUUGACGGACACCCUGAAAAAGGCAUUAAAGCAACCAUUGCCCCCGGGGCCUCCUCCAAAAAAGCCACCUAGAGUGUUCGCCAACUCGCCAAUACCGGAGGGGAAUGAGAAUGUGACUCCGGUAAAAAAAGACCCAAAGAAAAUGCUAGAAAAGCUAGAGCAAGUUCUGCAGCAAAGGGAGAGCCUGCAGUCACUACAGAAGCCAGCCUCUUCUCUACAUGAGGCCAAAAGUCCAACUCCUGAUCAUACAAAACCACCGCAAAACAAAAAUAUCAAUGUAUAUGACAUAGCAGAGACAAACCUUAGGCCUAAACCCAGUGAAAUCCACUACUUAUGCACCAACAUCAUAGACAUAACUCAAAGAACUUUGCUACUGUCUAAUGAUAGUGCAUCAAAGAACACUACAGAUGCGCUAAAAAAUUGUUUCACAUCUUUAAAUUGUGCCAUGAAUGCUAAGCAUAUUUCUACAGCGAGCUUACCAUACACCAAAUUAUCAGAUUCAUCCCUAAAUACCAAUUCUCUUAGCAGUUGCUUUGGUAAUACUGUAGACAAGAAGCCACCGUUAAGUUCGUUUUCAAGUGCAGUGAAUAAAAGUGAAUUUAAUGUUCCAAAAGAGGAGCAUAUUUAUGAUGUUCCAUUUGUGGGCAAUGAUGAGAAAAGUGAGGGUUUCAAAAGUGCAACUAGUGAGAAGCAGUUUCGUCACAGCAGUGUGAACUAUGGUGUGGUGAAAUGUGAAGUGAAUGGGAUGCUCAGUCGGAGUAUGGAUAACCUGAAGCUUGGCAGUUUUACAGAGGACGAAAAGAUAUACGACAUUCCGUGCAACUCGUCCCCAGAACCUGAAACGAUAAGCAAACCAAAAUUCGAAUUCGACAAACUCCGUUCUAACUUUGAAACCGGUUUUCAGAACAGCGAUACCGAAAAAACCGUUACCCAGAACAAUGACUUCCAAACUAUUGAUAAAGGUAUCAAUACAAAGCAAACCGAGACCAACGAAACACUAGUAAAACCGGUACCGUUGAAGCCGAAACCGGUAUUAGUGAAAAUGGCGAGCGAUUCGAAAAUGUGCAAGUCAUCGGAGAAUUUGAGCGAAGAGUUUCGGACGGCGAGGAGGAAUAUUGAGAGGAAAAUCGCUACCGAAUCGAGAAGGUACCAGAAGAAGGAACGAAAUGCAACCGCUUUGAAUAGCGGUAUUGGACUGUGCAUCGCUAAAAGGGACAGGAAAGAUCAGCUUGACGUGGACAGAGAAAAUUUGAACCGCCUCAUGAACGAGAUCUACGAGACGGUGUCAGCCGCGUGCAGGAUGGACGAGCAGCGGCCUAGCAAAUUCCCCACUGAGGCCGACAGCACUAGCGAAGACUCAAUAAAACUCACGCGCAGCCUUACCGAAAAGCGCAAGAACUACGUGCGACGAGUCUCGUCCCGGGCAGCCUGUCUAGACCCCAAAUCUAGAACUAGGUUCCGCCACCAGACCUCCAUAUGUUCCUAUAAAUCAGAAACACUCGAGAACAAUCCGUAUUCUACUUUUCGUUCGUGGAAAAGUUUCCGAACGUCACAGAACAACGUAAACAAAAUGGCGGACGUUGACAGAAGAGACUCCACAGAUUCCAAAUUCAAUUUGACAGAUUCGAGCGGGAAUCUCUUGUCUAUGAAAGGGGAUUUGGACUUGUCUAUGGAUAACCUGAGCUUGGACGAUAAGGCUGGCUGUUUGGAUAUACAGUUGCCGUUUGAGCCGAGAGAAAGAGGGUUGUUUGAUGUCUGUCUGCUGGUCGGUCUCAAUUAUAUGACUGGGCAGGCGUACGUGAAAAGUGUUUUUCCUAGUCAGGUGUCAGUGCCCCCCCACAUCGAGAACCUGAUAUUCCCUGAGACGCUGAACGCGGAGGCAACAGACUACGAGCAGGCGGCGGAGCACAACCAGACUUACUCACUUGUACUCACCGACGAAAAAGGAGAACGAAAUUAUGGGUACUGCCGUCGCGUGCUGCCAGAGGGCGCGGCGUGCUGUCUGCCGCUGUGCUACUGCAUCAUCGGACGGUACCGAGCGCCGGGGUUCUAUUAUAAGGUGCUGAAAGAAAUCGAAUCUCACCACGGGAGCUCCGAAAUCGAAAUGAACGUAGUACUACAACAGCUAUUCGAAACAGACUUCCCUAACCCUGGCGAAGAAAUAACCCUCCAGUACACCCCGAAAAACCUAACCCUAACAGACCUAACCCGCUCUAAAACAUUACCCGACCAGAGACGAAGCGAAAGUGUUAAAACGAACAGUGUAUCAGAGUGUUACGAUGUGGAAAACAAUAAUAGUGUCAAAAAAGUGUUAGUGAGUGUGCAAAGUGUAAGAAUGAAUUUGCUGAAAAGGCCUAUUGAACCGAGGGUCGAUGAGGGUGGUUUGUCGGUGUUGUUGGAUACUUUAGGGGCUGGGUUGUUGAUUAAAGUGUUUGGUAGUUUGCUGUUGGAACGAAAAGUGGUUUUGAUCAGUGAUAGUUUGAGCCAACUCUCCGGCUGCAUGGAAGGUCUCCAACAGAUCCUAUACCCCUUCGUCUGGCAACAGCCGCUCAUCUCCGUGGUGCCAGAGGAACUCAGGAGGGAGGUGCUGGAAGCGCCACUGCCCAUACUGGCCGGCUGUCUGAGAGGCGGGAAUAAUGAAGAUCUGGGCUUUGAAGAGGGCAUGCUAAUCGACAUAACCGGCGACUCUGCCAAGGUGCUCUGCUUCCAAGGCGACGAGGCGACCAUCCUGCCGGCCGGCUGCUACAAGACGCUCAAGACCACGCUGCAGAUGGAGUCCAGCAGGAAUAUGCAGAAGGUGGACAGAGAAGACGUCCGCACUCGCAACGUGUUCAUCUCCGAAGCUUUUCUCCGCUUCUUCAUGUCCGUACUGGCGCAGUUCCACCGACACUUCGUAGAGAGAGAGAUACUAGAAGGGGAGCUGGGCAAAGCGGGCGUGGUUUUUGAGAAAGAAGCAUUCCUGAAGAGCGCUUCAUCGAAACAGCAGCAAUACUUUCUGGAGUGGUUCACGGAGACGGCCAUGUUCAACCACUUCAUACAGAACAUGGCCGUGUGUUAUAAAUACAGGGACGCGCCAUCUAGCGGCCAGCCGCUAGACUACUCCACAAUAGAAGGCAUAGUUGACGCGCCUCUACCAAACUUCUACGAACUGUUCGAGGAGAGACUGACCAGAAACACCAAGAAGAACUCAACCAAAUCUCUGGAAAACAACUCUAAGAGUAAUUACAAAAGUGCUAUGAACAAGAAAGUGAAGUUGUUGAAAAGCAAACUCAGGGACUUAGUUACUUAAGAGGUAGGUCUAGUUUAUUGUUUUGGGUAGUAAAUUAUGAGUAAUACAAUUCGGGGAUUACAGUCGUGAGCCUAUGUAUGUAAUUAACCCUUAAUAAGGCAAAGGGACAAUAGUUCCCACCUUAUUUUUAACUCUAGUACCUUGAGUUACGGGCGAAAUGUUUUUUUUAUUGCCAUGCCUUAUUAAGGCUUAAAGGGUAGGUAAUGAUUCAUUCAUAUGUACAUUGUGUAAUCCUAGACAAAUCCUAUACGACAUCACGUUUAGAUACUUUUUAUAGAUAUAAGCAAAGAAAGCUAGAUAAGUCUUAGAAAGCUAGCCAUACAGUUAGUUUCCCAGAGCCUGUUCAAAGUUAACCUUCGAUUAAAUACAUAGGUAAAUUACGAAAAAUUUCUAUAUUCAGCCAUAUACAAUUUUAAUUAUUAAAAUCUAUAAUUACCAUCGCAAUAGAAGCUAAUUUAGUAAGUAAUUUAAACAGUAACUUUCUUUUCCUUAUUCUGUAUAAAACUCGGUGUUGUUGUCUAAACAUAAAUUCAAUUAGACAAUAACAGCCAUACUAAGUGACAAUUUCUACAUUGUCGGUUACAGCAUAACCAGGGAGUAGUGGUUUAUUUUUGACACAUCUGUCAUGAAUUUUAUAUGGAUAUGACGUUUACUUUAUAAAUCAAUCGGUUAGAUAACCGACUAUGGAGAAAUUGGCACUAAACAAAACUAGACACUUUUAAAAGAGAUGUUCAGUGCUGUCAAAUACCUUAAAUGCAUCUGCUACUGUGUCUAACCUCCGUUAAACUGGGUUUAAAGUUUUUCGGUAGUUUAUGAAGUAUGUAAAUAGUUUAUUAUGUGAUAAUAAAACUAAUCUCAUGUAUUUUUUUAAAGAUUUUAUGUCGAAAUGUAUGUCUCGAUAUACUUAGGAGUUAAGUUUAUUUAAAGACUGCUAUUUUUAUGUUUAAGUUUAACUUUCGUUUAAGUUUUCUGUAGGAUUACCUAAUUAAAAUAUUUUUGAAUGUUAAAAAGUAACGUUUGUCAAUCCGGCCAAUGUCUAACUAACUAAU